AUGGCUUUUAUAUUGGCUCCACCAACUAGGGAUGUCAGCGGGCGGGCGGAUUUUCGUGGGUACCCGAUCCUUCCAAACUCUAUUAAGACGGAUUUGGUCGUGCUUAUUCCACAGCCCUCAGUCCUCUCCGAGUCUCUGUGUCGCGCUUCCAGCCAUUCACAGUUGAACUUGAGUAAACUGUACAAGCUAUUUGAAUCCCAUCUUCAUAGUACUGAAGUACUUCUACGUUAUUCAUCUGCUCUUGUUCAAGGUGCUACAAACGUUUUCUGGAUUGACAUCCAAACAAACACUCGGCAUUUUCAAAGCCUCUUUCGGUAUCUCCUUGAGGAAGUUGCACUAGAGCCUAAGCGCUUGAAUAAAAUUCCAUUACAGGCACAACAAGAUCUGUUUCUUCUACUCUCAAGAUCCUUACUUUUUUACAACUUAGAUGACAAACUAGAAAUCUUCUUAAAGCACUUUCCUGUUUUUCCAAAUGCUUUCUUGGUUGGUGGUCCUGUGGAUUUCUUUGUGAUUGAACUUGCGGACCAGCUUCAAAAGUUGAAGGUGGAGCCAGUUCUAUUGCAUUACCUCUCUCAAAAUAAAAUUCUCCAAGCCUUUGGCCUCUGAUAUCGUCAUGAUUCUUAGUCUCUUGCAUGAUUCAAUCCACAUCUUGUGUGUACAUUAUGAUUUCAAGUGAAAUAUCGGUUCAAAUUUGAAAAAUAUGGUGGUGUUGGUCUGCUGGAGACUUGAUUGAAAAAUAUCAGU